CAGCAGCAGCAGCAGCUCGUUGUUGUCUCGGCUCGGUCCGGGACGUCGCUGCUUCCUCCCUGCGCUCAUCAUGGAGUUCUUGAUGGGGAAUCCGUUCGCCACGCCGGUGGGACAGAAAAUCGAGCGUGCGACCGGCUCCAGCCUGCCGUCUGAAGACUGGGCGCUGAACAUGGAAAUCUGUGACACGGUCAACAGCUCGGAGGAAGGACCCAGAGACGCAGUCAGAGCCAUAAAGAAACGGGUUGUAGGGAACAAGAACUUCAAGGAGGUCAUGCUGCUGGUGACGACGCGGGACUUCAUCGAGGGAGUUCUGGUCCGCGCCAUCAUCCCGAGGAACAACCCUCCGGCCAUCCUGCACGACCGAGUGCUCAGCAUCAUACAGGCGUGGGCCGACGCCUUCCGCAGCUCGCCCGACCUGACGGGCGUGGUGUCGGUGUACGAGGACCUGCGGAGGAAAGGACUCGAGUUCCCAAUGACCGAACUGGACGGUUACUCGCCGGUGCAAGCUUCGAAAAAGACCUUGCCUGGGAAUGGGCCUGCUGUCACUACUCUCCCUGCUGUGCUCCUGUCUUCCAAACCUCCGCUCAUCCCACCUCAGACCUCUGAGCUAAAACUGGCCCUUGAGGGGAGCAAUGCCCUCACGCCCAGCCAGAUAAAGACGCUGAAGACCGAGCUGGGAGUGGUGCGGUGCAACCUGACCACCAUGUCGGACAUGAUGAGUCAGCUGGAUCCCGUCACGGUGAAGCAGGCGGACAUGGAGCUGCUGGAGCAGUUAUACACAGUGUGUAAGGAAAUGCAGGACAGGAUAGUGAAGAUUGUGCCCCGGCUCAGCGAGGAGAAGCUGAUAGAGGAGCUGCUGGCGACUAACGAUGAGAUGAACACCGCCUUCACGCGCUACCACAGGUUUGAGAGGCGGAUAACAAACGGUCAAAGCACAGCACAGAAGAGUCACACGUACGUCAACCUAACGGACCUCGAUCUGAGGAGCGAGUCUGCCAGCCAGUCGGGGGUUGUAACCAGCGACAGCUCGCUCAGCCUCUCCAAAACAGACAGUCUGUCCAGUCAGAUGGCAAAACUUAGCACAAGUGAAUCCGACGACACGUUAUCACAGAGAGUAAACGUCUUAACUCAACACAGACCAAGCGAUCAGAGCGACGGCGCGGUGGACGGCUUGGCUCAGGCUCAGGACGGCAGACUGCACAACACCGGAACGGACGACAGCCCGGCGUCCACCCGCAGCUCCUCGCCAAAGUUAGAUUGGAUGAUUAAAAGGGGAAUGAUUCCGAUCACACAGUCCAACGUCAUGGAUGAUAUCGAGAAGUGGCUCGCGUUGGAUGACGAGUACGAUGACUUUGAGGACUCGGACGGUGUGACCAGUGAAGAGUUUGACAAGUUUUUGGCAGAAAGAGCAAAAGCUGCCGACCGCCUGCCAUCGCUGAGAGCCUCCUCGCAGGACACCAACCACUCCGAGUCUUAAGCCAAACCUGCCAAACUAACGUCGCCCAUGAAGCUGCUGCGCUACCGGCUGGAAACAUGCAGGAUUCUUUACUGACGAACGGUUCGGUGGCACAAUUUAACGGAGGAGCUACGUCGUGCACUCUGCUCUUUACUGGAGCGCAAACAUGUUUCUAACUGAUAAAAGAAAAAAUAAUGUUAUUUGACGAAGGACAAAAAGUUUUUGUGGAGGUUUGUCCGCGAGCAAACAUUUGCACAUUUUCUAUGGUUACAUUCCUGCUGAGGAAGGAGAAAGUGGAGCUUGUUACGGAAACGAUUUGAGACAUAGACGAUGUAUUAUAUUGCUGUUAUAUAAAUAUAUAUAUAUUGUUAAAUACGUUGUUGGGUUAAAGAAAAGGCCCCUGUGAAGGUAGCAAACACUAAACUUGUAAGAGGAGCUCAGCUGUGACAAACUGAUGCUUCACAUCGUUACAGAUGUUGGAGGAGUUUUGUUUUGUUUUUUUACAUCCAAAUUUUCCCUCUGAAAAUGUUUUACUUGAACUUUAACAGAAAGUCAUGGCACACUGCUGUCGUUUAUUAAACUAAAAUUAUUAACUGGA